AUGGCACGUACCAAGCAAAGACCUCGUCGAGCGGCCUCGAUGGCCAGUAUGGCAGCAGCAACAGCGGCCAUGACACCGCGACGAUCGCAAAGGAACCGUUCAGCUACAACUGGACCGCCAAGUAACAACAACACCAUGGCGAUUCCGCAGCAGCCAUCACUCAUGACACCAAGUGAGCGUGUAGUAUCUCCAGCGCUUACUACUACAACUCUUCCACGUUUGUCACGACGUGCAGCAACUGAGGAUGAUGCUGAUAGCCGUUUUGUGCUUAACUGGGUUCAAGCCAACUAUCAAUAUGAGCCAAACCACAAUGUCCCACGAAGUGGAAUGUACGAGGACUACAAAGCUGCAUGUGUUAGGUGCCAUCAACAACCUGUCAACUCGGCUACAUUCGGCAAGCUUAUCCGCCAUGUGUUCCCUGGUAUCACAACGCGUCGCCUUGGUACUCGUGGUGAAUCAAAGUAUCACUAUUGUGGUAUUCGUCGUCGUAUGGGUCCUCCACCAUCACCAGCCUCUUUCUCUUUGCAAUCACUUCCAUCAUCAUCUUCCCACGAUAUCAGUGGCCAAAUCCCACCACCUCCUCCUCCCCAUCAUCCAUCAGGCGUCACCCCCAAUAUCAUCACACGAUCACAUGCUGGCAACACCGCAGCUUCUGACAUGGCGAGUUCCUCGAAUCCUGCAUAUGGCAGAAUGAAUGCCCCAUUGACAUCAGCAGAUGACCGCAACGAUGACGCGCUUUCCAUCAUGUCGUAUGACCGUUAUCAUCACGCCCAGCAAUAUUCAUCAUCUUUUCAAGUUCCAUCUUCUCCCCAACAACAAGCAAUGCAUGGCGAAAGUGGACCCAGCAGUGGUACAUCAUCAUCCACGCCUCUAUUCCAAUUACCAGAAUUCGCCAUCCAUACGCCCUCAUUGCAAAAUAAUCAGACUGCCAUCGAGUUUUCACGUGUGUACGAGCAGCAUUGCCGAGACAUUCUAGCAUUUAUCCACUCCAACCAAAUCAACAAUGUUUAUACAUCCAUGGUGUCCUUUUACCAAAUGUUGCCUGAUCGCUUUCGCAAUUUGAUUGAUGAUCAUCCUCAAGCGAUUGACGAUAUCUGGCGUUGGGAUUGCUCCCUCUAUGAUGCUAUUAUGGUCCACCUUCUGCCAAACAUAUACACGCCUAUUACUUUUGGUGCCCUCAAGCAAUUGCGAAACUACACUCGUCAGCUACAGCAAUACAUCCGGUAUGCUGUGGAUGUUAGCUAUCCAGAUGAGCUUUAUCAAAAGAAGGCGAGUGUGGCCCAAAUCUUCCAAUCAAAAUUCAAGCGACAUCUCAAGCUCAGUCAAAUGGCUCAAACAACGCUUGCCGUGCUUCAGCAUCCGAACAACUUUGAGUCAAUGAGACGCGACUGGGAUGCUGUGGACUUUGAGUCGAUCAUGGAGCAAGCUACUUGGGUGUGUAAUUGCAAUCAUCAAGAGAUUCAGGAUAUAUUCCAAAACGGCAUCAAGCGUUUGCUUUACUCGGAAGCGGGUCUUCAUGAUUGGAUUAUGUGGAUACAAGGAAUCGUGGAAAGAUAUAUGAGUACCCCACCACAAGCAUCGGCGAGAGAUCCCAACGCUUUUGUACUUCAUGCCAAGGAAUUCAUUCACAAGUGGAACUUUUAUUCAAGCUUGAUUUUAAAAGAUCUCUCACUUGGCCAUGCUGCAAGUGCAGGUUUAUUCCGUACUCUUCGUCAUUUCAUUGAUGACAUGUUGCUUUAUUUGGUGGAGGAACGCCUUGCAAGGAUCUAUAGGGAUGAGGGGCCUAAGCAUCAACACCAACCCCAGCCCUCGCUUCAAGCUCAAGCUCAAGCAACCGCUUCAGGCAGCUCAUCCAGUACUGGAGCACCAGCUCAUACCAAUGAAGACACAUCCACCACCACCGCUGUAACCCAACCAGCACCAUCCACCGUGGAAGUCGAAAUUAGCAGCAAUGAUUCACCCUGA